CCUCCAAGCCGAGCCACCUCCUCCACCACGACCCGCCGACCCCCCAAUUGACCCUCUCCGCUCCUCUGCCGGCUUUGAGCCAGCUCGACAUCACCAUGUUGGCCAGAUCGUGCCUCCGCUCGGCGCGCUCGGUCGGCCCAGCUGCGCGCAACAUCGCCAGCAAAACAGCUUCGCGUUCGGCCUCAUCAUCCAGCUCCUCAGCCGAGGAAGCUGCCUCAUCCUGGAGGACGAAGGCCCUCAGCGGGGGCUCCCUCGCCGUCGCCAUUGGAUCCGUAGCAUGGUACAACUAUCAGUACGGCAUGAGUGCCGAUGCCAUGACGCCGGCAGAAGAGGGUCUCCAUCCUACCGCAUAUCCAUGGGAACACAAAAAAUGGACCAAGACCUACGAUCACUCAGCUCUCCGCCGAGGCUUCCAGGUCUAUCGCGAAGUCUGCGCCUCCUGCCAUUCCCUUGCUCGUAUCCCCUACCGAUCGCUCGUCGGUGUUGCCAUGACCGUGGAUGAGGCGAAGGCGAUGGCGGAGGAGAACGAAUACGAUACCGAACCCAAUGACGAGGGCGAGAUUGAGAAGCGGCCCGGCAAGCUGUCCGACUACCUACCCAGCCCGUACAAGAACGACGAGGCUGCUCGUGCCGCCAACAACGGUGCUUUACCCCCGGAUCUGAGCUUGAUGGUCAAGGCCCGCCAUGGUGGCUGCGACUACAUCUUCAACCUGUUGACUGGAUACCCCGAGGAGCCCCCGGCGGGAGCCGUUGUCCCCGAAGGCCUGAACUUCAACCCCUACUUCCCAGGAACCGGCAUUGCCAUGGCCCGUGUGCUAUACGAUGAUCUCGUCGAGUACGAAGACGGCACACCCGCGUCGACCUCCCAGAUGGCUAAGGACGUUGUUGAAUUCCUAAACUGGUCCGCAGAACCCGAGGCAGAUGAGCGGAAGAAGAUGGGCUGGAAGGUGUUGGCGGUCACCAGUGUUCUGUUCGGUCUCAGCGUAUGGGUCAAGCGUUACAAAUGGUCGACGAUCAAGACCCGGAAGCUAGUCUACAACCCACCCGUCGGCGGCGCGAAGAGCCCUUUCAAGAAGUAAACCGGGGAUCAUGUGUAGGAGGCAUAAGGGGAUAUCUGGGUCGAUAGGUUUCAUAUGGAAGGCACUGGGAGCGAUGCCGUGUCUACUACUUGUACAGCACUAGAAAAACACUACUAGCUCCACCUAUUUCCUUCGAUUGUGCGAUAGACACGCGGGGUGCUGCACGGAGAGG